AUGGGUGAUAGACGUCCUGAUUUAGCAGACAGUUCGCGCGCUAAGCGGCAGAAGAAGGAUACCGCUGAAAUGGAUCCCCGCAACAACCCAUACCUCGCUCAUAUGUACCCAGAGAAGAAUGGCGACGAAAGCUCAAAUAGCGGUGCUUUCGCAAAGUUCAAAAGACACCAGACUACCGCUGCGCUCGCCCAGGAAGCCGAAGAUGCAGAUAGCAAUCCUUUCAACGACCGUCCUUUUUCAAGUACCUACUUUUCCAUUCUGAAAACCCGGCGAAACCUGCCUGUCCACCAGCAGAGAGACGAAUUCCUGCAGCUUUAUCAGAAAUCACAAAUCCUCGUUUUCGUGGGUGAGACCGGUUCCGGAAAGACCACGCAGAUCCCCCAGUUCGUCCUCUUUGACGACCUUCCACAGACGCAACGCAAGAUGGUCGCAUGUACCCAGCCACGUCGAGUCGCCGCAAUGUCUGUUGCGCAACGUGUGGCCGCUGAAAUGGAUGUCAAGUUGGGCGAAGAGGUCGGUUAUAGCAUUCGUUUUGAGGAUAUGACUAGCCCGAAGACAAUCCUCAAGUACAUGACCGAUGGUAUGCUUCUCCGAGAAGCAAUGAACGAUCACAACCUCCAGCGUUACAGUACGAUCAUACUUGACGAGGCCCACGAGCGUACCAUGGCGACCGAUAUAUUGAUGGGCUUGCUUAAGGAGGUGGUGGUACGGAGGCCGGAUUUGAAAAUCAUCAUCAUGUCCGCCACUUUGGAUGCCCAAAAGUUUCAGCGGUAUUUCAAUGAUGCCCCAUUGCUUGCAGUUCCAGGAAGAACUCACCCAGUCGAAAUUUUCUACACACCUGAGCCAGAACAAGAUUAUGUUGAAGCCGCCAUUCGCACAGUGCUGCAAAUUCACGCUACCGAACCGGAAGGCGAUAUUCUGUUGUUUUUGACGGGUGAAGAAGAAAUCGAAGAUGCGGUUAGGAAGAUCUCUCUCGAAGCAGACGAAAUGACGAGAGAAGCGGAUGCAGGUCCAAUGAAGGUUUAUGCGCUGUAUGGUAGUUUACCGCCGCACAUGCAACAACGUAUCUUUGAACCGGCCCCUAGCCCGCGCAGACCUGGCGGACGCCCUGGUCGUAAGGUUAUUGUUUCAACCAACAUAGCUGAAACAUCUCUUACUAUCGACGGUAUCGUCUAUGUCGUCGAUCCGGGAUUCUCCAAACAAAAAGUCUACAACCCCCGUAUUCGAGUUGAGUCUCUACUGGUAUCGCCCAUUUCCAAAGCGUCCGCGCAGCAAAGAGCCGGUCGUGCCGGUCGUACACGUCCUGGAAAAUGCUUCCGUUUGUAUACGGAGGCUGCGUUCAAGAAGGAGCUUAUUGACCAGACAUACCCGGAAAUUCUUCGGUCUAACCUUUCUUCCACUGUUCUUGAGCUUAAGAAGCUCGGGAUCGACGAUUUGGUGCAUUUCGAUCUCAUGGACCCUCCUGCGCCGGAGACACUGAUGAGAGCUUUAGAAGAGCUCAAUUACUUAGCCUGUCUCGAUGACGAUGKUAAUUUGACCCAACUGGGUCGUCUGGCCUCUGAAUUCCCUCUUGACCCAGCACUUGCCGUGAUGUUGGUCACAUCCCCAGAGUUCUACUGCUCCAACGAAAUACUAUCUAUAACCGCCCUGCUGUCUGUGCCUCAAGUAUUUGUACGGCCACACGCACAAAGAAAACGCGCCGACGAAAUGAAGAACCUCUUCGCACAUCCAGACGGUGACCAUCUCACACUCCUGAACGUGUAUCACGCUUUCAAGAGCGCAGAUGCCCAAAAUGACCCGAAACAAUGGUGUCACGACCACUUCCUCUCUCUCCGCUCCCUUCAGUCUGCGGAUAACGUGCGAAUGCAACUGCAACGUAUCAUGGAACGCGAAGAAAUUGACCUCGUAUCUACGCCGUUUGAGGAUAAGAAAUACUACGAGAAUAUCCGCCGCGCCCUUGUGGCUGGAUUCUUUAUGCAGAUCGCCAAGAAGGAAAGUACGGGCAAGAGCAUGUACACCACUGUCAAGGACAAUCAACAUGUUCUUUUGCAUCCCAGCACGGUUCUCGGCCAUGAUGCUGAAUGGGUGCUUUAUAAUGAAUUUGUGCUCACGACGAAGAAUUAUAUUCGUACUAUUACAGCUGUGAAAGCUGAGUGGCUUCUGGAAAUUUCACCUAUGUACUACGACAUCUCGAGUUUCCCCAAGGGAGAUAUCCGCUCGGCUCUCUUACGGGCCAGUGAGAGACUUGCGCGCAAGGAGAGGAUGCGAGGCGGUCGGUAG